AUGAGAGAUGGCACCUAUUCUGUCGCCCAAUUGAUGGAUAUGGGCAAACAGAUGCUUGGACGACGCCAUGUUAUGUCAGAUGCACUGACGACGCUGCACGAGGUACAAGUCGAAGGCACGUUUCCCGAUGGCACCUAUUUGGUGACCGUACACGAUCCGAUCUGUACCGACGACGGCAACCUCGAGAUGGCUCUGUACGGCACUUUCUUCCCCAUCCCUCCGACUGACAAAUUCACACUCCCUGAUCCAUCUGCCGCAGCGACAGAUGCGCCCGGCGCAUUGCAAGUCCAAGCCGGCAAGAUCGAAUUAAGCGCCGGUCGCAAACGUGUGUCACUUACUGUGACCAAUCAAGGCGACCGUCCUAUCCAGGUCGGAUCUCAUUACCACUUUAUCGAGGCCAAUGCCAGCUUGUUGUUUAACCGAGCUUUAUCGUACGGCAUGCGCCUCGACAUUCCCGCGGGUACUGCUGUCCGUUUUGAGCCAGGAGAUUUUAAGACGGUAACACUCGUCGAAAUCGGUGGAAACAAAGUUAUUUCCGGUGGCAAUGGCUUGGCAACCGGUCCUGUCGACAUGAGCCGUUUGCCGGGUAUCAUGCAAGCCAUCAAAGAGCGAGGCUUCUUGCAUGAUGCCAACACACCUUCUUUACCUAGCGCUGCAUCCUAUGUCCUGGAUCGCGAAUACUAUGCUGAUCAUUUCGGUCCUACCACAGGCGACAUGGUUCGUUUGGGCGAUACCAGCUUGUGGGCACGCGUAGAAAAAGAUUACACUAUCUAUGGUGACGAAUGCAAAUUUGGCGGUGGCAAGGUGUUGCGUGAAGGCAUGGGUCAAGCAACUGGUCGUAUGGACGACGAGAUUCUCGAUCUUGUAAUCACGAACGCCUUGAUUAUCGACUACACCGGCAUUUACAAGGCCGACAUUGGCAUCAAGAAGGGCAUGAUUGUGGGGAUUGGUAAAGCCGGCAAUCCGGAUGUCAUGGACGGUGUUACCCCAGGAAUGGUGGUCGGUGCAGGCACCGAAGCAUUGGCAGGCGAGGGCAAAAUCUUUACGGCAGGAGCCAUCGAUACGCACGUCCAUUAUAUUUGUCCGCAACUGAUCUGGGAAGCAAUAUCGAGUGGUAUUACCACGGUGAUUGGAGGCGGCACGGGGCCCAACACUGGCACCAACGCGACAACUUGCACAAACGGUAAACACCAUGUGGAAUUGAUGAUGAAGGCUACGGACGAUUUGCCAGUCAACAUUGGUUUCACAGGCAAGGGCAACUGCUCGAGCACUAAGGAGAUUGUUGAGCAAGUCGGAGCAGGCUGCUUGGGCUUGAAGCUGCAUGAGGACUGGGGCACUACCCCAAAGGCAAUCGAUACGUGCUUGGAAGUGUGUGAUCAGCUUGAUGUGCAGGCCACAAUUCACACGGAUACGUUGAACGAAGCUGGCUUUGUCGAAUCAACUAUCGGAGCUUUCAAGAACCGCACCAUCCACACGUACCACAGCGAAGGUGCCGGCGGUGGCCACGCCCCUGACAUCAUCCAAGUAUGCAGCGAACCAAACGUACUCCCCUCAUCGACCAACCCCACCCGACCGUUCACGAACAACACCUUGGACGAGCACGUGGACAUGUUGAUGGUGUGCCAUCACUUGUCAAAGUCGAUCCCUGAAGACGUUGCCUUUGCGGAGAGCCGCAUUCGCGCCGAAACAAUCGCAGCCGAGGAUGUCUUGCAGGACAUGGGUGCGAUUAGUAUGAUCAGCUCCGACAGUCAGGCCAUGGGCCGUAUUGGCGAGGUUGUACUGCGUACGUGGAAGACCGCCAGCAAGAUGCGUGACCAGCGCGGUAAACUGCCGGAAGAUCAAGAUCUCGAGGGCGACAAUUAUCGCAUUCGCCGAUACAUUGCGAAAUAUACCAUUAAUCCAGCCAUCGCUCACGGUGUUGGCCAUAUUAUCGGAUCUAUUGAAGUAGGCAAAAUGGCAGAUCUGGUCGUGUUCACCCCUCAGUUCUUUGGCACCAAGCCAGAACUGAUCAUAAAGGGUGGCAUGAUUGUAUGGGGCCAGAUGGGUGACGCCAAUGCUUCCAUACCCACAACCGAGCCUGUCAUCUCACGGCCCAUGUUUGGAGCGCUGCCUUCUGCAAUUGGCCAGACGUGCUGCUUGUUUGUAUCUCAGCUUUCCAUCGACAUUGGCACCAUGGCUCGCUACAACCUGCGCAAACGCACAGAAGCGGUCAAGAACUGUCGCAACGUGGGCAAAAAGGACAUGAAGCUGAACGAUGCUAUGCCCAAGAUUCAUGUGGAUCCAGAAACGUAUCGUGUCACUGCAGAUGGGCAGGAAUGCACCUGUGAGCCUGUCUCAAAGCUACCGUUGACUCAGUCCGUCUACAUCUUUUAA